AUUCAUUAUUCGGAAAUAACAUUUUCCCAUCUCUAUCAAGGUUCCUUCGUCACGUGUAUUUCCCCUUGGACUAGAAUACAAUUGUAAAGCCAGUCUCUCCUCGUGAAAUUGAAUGAGUAACGAACUGUAAUUUUCUUUUAAAAGUACACCUUUGAAAUUGUAUGUAGUAGCAGAAUCAUUAUAUGUAAAUAAUAUAUGACUAAAAGGUACAGUUUCAAAGGAAACCUAUCAUUAUAUUAAACACAUUUAAUGAGCUACUGUACUAGUGAAGUAAGUGGUGUACAUACGACUAUAUUUUUUUAAUUGCCUUAGUACAAGAUCAAAGUUCAGAAUAUUCUAUAAAGCAAAUGUAUCAUUAUGGUCUUAACAAUUGAUACUAAUAAUCGACUACUUUCAAGUCACAGUAUGUGUCCGUUUAAAAGCAAACUGUUCAGUAAAGUAGAAAUUAGUGUAAAAUAUGGAUGAAUUCCAAAUUGUUUAAGAUAGUAGCAGUAUCUUCAUAUUAUCAGUUAUUUGGACUAUUAGAUUUACGGAUGUGUUGUUUGCUUAGAAUAUAUUCCUUGUAGUAGACAAAGUUUAAAAUUACUAAUGCAUAUUUCUUUAGCAAACCAUACUUUUUUAUCAAUGUUAACAGUAUAAAUAUAAUGAAUAUUGAAAAUUAUAUAUUCAUAAAUCAGUUAGUGCUCAAGUUUGUUGGACUUUACCCGAUAAAUAUUGUGAGAUACAUUGUAUGCAUUAGUUGUAUUAUACUUAUCGUGAUACCACUAAUAGCACAAAUUUAUAUAAAUUUGGAAAAUCUCAAUAUUCUUUUGGAAACAAGUUCAGUUUUACUCACAAUUUCACUUUCUAUACUAAAAUCAUUAAUUUGGAUGUUUAAUCGAACAAAUUUGGAACCUUUUAUAAAUUUCAUGUUAAUAGAUUAUUGGAAAAUAGUUAGAACUGAUGUUUUUGGGCAUUUACAACACGAGUAUGCAAUACGUGCUAAAAACAUUACAAAGGGAUAUUUAUUUUUAAUAUUUAAUGCAUUACUAUUUUUCUUUAGUUUACCCAUUAUUGAAACGCUUAUUACUACAAUGCAAGAUUCGACUAAUAAUUUAACAAAGAAGAGUUUUCCAUUUGUUGCAUUGUAUCCUUUAGCUUUCUAUAAUUUUCCCUUCUACGAGAUUAUUUAUGUAUCUCAAAUACUGGCAACGACUGUCUGUGGCCUGAUGAUACUUGCAACUGACACCCUAAUUGCAACUGCUUUACUUCAUACAUGUGGGCAUUUCAAAAUUCUUAAAGGAAAUUUAAAACAACUAGAUUCCGACAUUUAUUGUGUAAGUAUGGUAUGCUAUUUACAUAAAAUUCUGACUUUAUGCAACGGUAUCGUUCAAUAAUUUCAUAUUUCAUAGAUAAAUACUUUGAAGAACAACUCGAAAGCUAUAAGGGCAAAAUUAUGUAAAAUAAAGAUUCAAGUGGUGCAUGUAAUUAAACAUCAUCAAGUAAUUCUUUGGUUUUGUGAUAAUAUGGAAAAGAAUUUUCAUUUAAUCCUCUUUCUGCAAACUAUGGCCAGCUCCCUUAUAAUUUGUUUCGUCGGAUUUCAGGUUUCUGUAGCAUUAAUGGAAAAAUCUAAAUUAAUUAGAUACUUUUCUCAUUUUACGAUGGCACUUUUUCAACUAUUACUAUUCUGUUUCCCUGGAGACAUUUUAAUCUCCGAGAGUUCUAGUUUAAAUAGAGCUGUAUAUUUUAUACAGUGGUACGAAUUGCCAGCUUUCAUUAAGAAUGAAGUGUGCAUGCUCAUGUUACGUUCUCAAAAACCUAGUUACGUUACCGCUGGAAAAAUAUACGUAAUGCAUUUAGAAAACUUCACAUCGACACUUAGUACUGCACUUUCAUAUUUUAUGAUGCUUCGACGUUUCAAUUCAGAACCUUGAGACCAAAGAAUUGAUUUGUAUCAUUCUAAAUACUUGUAAUGCAUGUUUUUCCUAUAUACAG